AUGAGGAGACCCUGGAUUUCAGGCGUUGGACUUGAUGUUGGGAUUCAUCAAACAACCGUUUCAAAAAUUAUUGAUAAGGUAUCACGUGAAAUAUGUAGCAAGAAAAAUCAGUGGGUUAAAUUCCCUGCUACGGGAGCUAUGUUCAACAGAGCUAAAGAUGAAUGGGCAGCACAUAAUACAAUACCUCAUGUCAUUGGCGCCAUUGACUGCACUCACGUGAAAAUUAUAAAACCAUAUGUACAUGGCGAUGAAUAUAUUAACAGAAAAGGAGUUUCUACAAUAAAUGUACAAGCAACAUGUAAUAGCAGAGAAAUGUUUACCAGUGUUAAUGCUUCCUGGCCUGGGUCUGUUCAUGAUUCUAGAAUAUGGUACAAUAGUCCUAUUUACCCUAUUAUGUAUAAUAAUCAAAAAAGAGUUUGUCUUUUGGGUGAUUCUGGAUAUGGUGUAACUCCUUGGAUGCUUACACCUUUCAAAGAUCCCAUAACAAACAUUCAAAAGUAUUUUAACAGAAUACAUGCAAGAGAACGUGUGAUUAUAGCUGCGGCAGUGUUGAUUUGUUGA